AUGACCGCCAUCGACCAAAACAGCUCCCGCUGGCGAGCAAUCACAGCCCGAGACCCCGAAGCCCACUUCAGUUUCCUCUACGGAGUUCGGACUACAAAGAUAUACUGCCGCCCAACGUGCACUGCACGGGUGGCUCGCCGAGCUAACGUUGUAUACUUCGAUACACAAGAGUCGGCAGAAGCUGAAGGCUUCAGACCUUGUGUGAAAUGCAAGCCUCACGAAUCAUUUAUUGGCCACAAGGAUGAGCUCGUGUUGAAGACACUCGGUCUGAUCUGGGACAACAAGAACGAUGGUUCCAAGAAACGCAGUAUGAAGGGACUAGCAGACGAGUUAUCGGUAACGCCUAGCUAUCUAUGUCGCACUUUCAAGAAGACUAUGGGAUGCACGCUGAGCGAGUACGUGCAACGAUUUGAAUCGGAACAAAGCAUCGAGAAUUUAGUCUCGGCGCAGCAAAGCGGGGGCGCUCGCGCGGGAUCUGAAUAUUCAAUACCAAGUACCGCAAGUAUUGCGUCCGAACCAAGAGAUUACCUAGCUGGAGCAGAUGGGAACUCUAUCGAUGGGGAUUGGCUGCUGUCUGACGCUGCAAGUUCAUCAACGUGUCCUGGAGAAAAAAUUGAUCCACAAAACUAUGUGGCCAUUCCUUGCUGA